CCCGAUUCUUCCAGGCCAGGGCGGGCGUUGCAACGAACAAACAAACGCUGCUUUCAGAAGAAGGGUUCUUCCUUCUCCACUUCUUCUAUCCCGUCACACGAGUCCGACGACGACGACUUGAGGGAGAAGACGAAGAGGAAGCCACUCCCGAAAGAUUCGACGGGAAUUUUGUUGUUCGUCCGGGGGAUUCCCAGCGAUCGGCCUAUCUCCGGCGGCGGAUGGGGCAGGCGUUCCGCAAACUGUUCGAUGCCUUCUUCGGCAACAGCGAGAUGAGGGUCGUGAUGCUUGGGCUGGAUGCAGCGGGCAAGACCACCAUCCUGUACAAGCUGCACAUCGGGGAGGUCCUCUCGACUGUCCCUACGAUUGGGUUCAAUGUUGAGAAAGUUCAGUACAAGAACGUGCUGUUUACAGUGUGGGAUGUUGGUGGCCAGGAGAAGUUGAGACCCUUGUGGAGACAUUACUUUAAUAACACAGAUGGAUUGAUCUACGUGGUUGAUUCAUUGGAUAGGGAGAGAAUUGGAAAAGCCAAAGCAGAGUUUCAGACAAUAAUCAACGAUCCUUUCAUGCUUAACAGUGUCAUAUUGGUAUUUGCCAAUAAACAAGAUAUGAAAGGGGCGAUGACACCAAUGGAGGUGUGCGAAGGCCUUGGCCUCUAUGAUUUGAAGAACCGCGUCUGGCACAUCCAAGGUUCCUGUGCCCUCAAAGGUGAUGGUCUUUAUGAGGGCUUGGACUGGCUGUCAAGUACUCUGAAGGAUCUGCAAGCGUCCGGUCGCCUACCCUCAGGAGGGACCUAACAGUUCUAAGUAGCACUUCUGCUUAUAAGAUCCUAAUGCUCAUACUAACAACCUUUGGAUGAAAGAUGACACCAGAAAGAAAGAAAAAGAUACUGGUGAGGAACACCUUAUAGCCACAUAUCCAGUUUUCGUGAUAAGCUUCGGUGUUGAUUCUGCUGAAGAAAAGACCUUGCUUGGGUCUGACCGCAUCAAAUUUACCUGUACAAUCUUGUCAUGGAUAGUGUGGAUUCUCUAAUUCGUGACAUAUUUCAUGUAAAUUUUCCUGUGAGUUUAGAGAAGCUAACCAUCUUAUGCUUUUGUUCACAUAUGAGGACUGGAACAUAAUGUUAUUGAUGUAAAUUUUCUGUAAGAUAAUUUUGGCAUGAUACAAUUUAUGUCCCCCCCCC